GAGGGGCUGACGCCCAAGUUUGGGGCGGCUUCCGGACGGACCGACGGGGCUUCCCUUUUAACUGUAUCAGUGUUGGGGGAAUCCGCUACGUCACCAUCGGAACGCUCCGGAUGGAACACUGGGAUCCGGGCGUUCCAGUGGUGUCGUCACGUUGCCCGGCGCCCAGAUGUUACCUUUCACAGCGUUCCGUUCACCUUCAGUCCAGGUUUAUUUGCAUUUAUCCUGCAUAUAUAAACAGCAAAAAGACCAUUGCCGAAGGACGAAGAAUACCAAUAGAAAAGGCUGUCGAAAAUCCAACAUUUGGAGAAAUUCGAGAUGUUUGCAUGGCAGCCGGGUUAAGUGUGGUCGUAGAGAAUAAACUUUACCCACGCGAGUGGAACAGAGACGUACAGUUCCGCGGCAGAAUACGUGUUCAGUUGAAAAAUGAAGAUGAGUCCUUCUGUUUAGAGCAGUUUCCUACACGUAAAUCGGUAAUGUUACAUGUAGCAGAAAUGAUUCCAAAACUGAAAACCAGGACACAGAAGACGGGAGGAGGUGACCAGAAUGCACAGCCAGGGGAAGGGGGCAAAAAGAGCAAGAAGAAGAAGAAGAAGUGAUCAUUUCAUUGAUGGUGCUGUCUUGGGUAAUUUAUUGUGAAAUAGUUCCUGUAUUUUCAGAUCAUUAAGCAUGGUUUUCUUUUGCUCAGUGUCACACAGCAAGCCUGGCAGCAUCUUUUAAAUAUAAUUUAUAUAUUGGGAAGACAUUCAAAAUACUAUAUAUGAUGUUAGGAACAUUUUCUUUAUGAUACCCUUUCAGUAGUUAACCUUCCUGGUACUACAGGUCUGCUCUGGAGUUGAUGUCUUUUGGUAGUAUGAAUGUAGCUCAUUUUGUAUUUCUUGAACAAAAUUAAGUUACUUUGAACCUUUAGUCACACUUUACUUUUUGGAAAUUGCUAACUACUACUAAACAUCCAAGUAAUUUUCAUUUUCACAAUGCUUAACAGAACAGAACUUUAACUCAUAGUAACUGAGUAUUUGUAGUUUAACUUUCAUAGCCCAUCUUUGAAAAACAGAACAUUAACAUUUCAAGUAUGACUAUGUCAAAAUGUGAUGUUGCAUGUUAUAUAAAUUACUGGAUGUAACAAAUACUAAAGCUGAUAUACUUUCAUUCCCCCUCAUAGAAAUUCUUGUUCCACUUACCUGAAAACUAUAUUCUUCCUCCUUUGCUAUCUCAAGCUCUCCCCUGACCUUGGCAUACUGCUUGUGAGGUGAGGCAAGUUUUAAUGUACCCUAAUUCCGUAUCAGCAUUGUCCCUGUAGCAGCAAGUGAUGCCGAUGGUCAUGAAGCUCAAUUUCAGUCCAUUCAGCUCCAGAUGAAAGCGGCUCUGUUUUAUAAGCCUUUCUCCAAACUUCAAUGCCAGAUCAAAAUACUGCUGUUUGGAUUCCACUUUGUCCCGAAUUACAAUCAAUCACCCUUUACUCUCAUUUGUAAUGCUAAUGAACAAAUAUGUAUUCUGACAACACAGGCCUUGGAAUUCUACCAUUCUUUUGACAUUAAUAUUGUAGUAUAGUUCAUCAAGUGUAGAGUUCCGCAAUGGUGUUUAUGCUUUGCAACCAAGGAUCUGCACUUCCCUCCUUAAACGUCUACACCUCUUCACUGUACACUGCUUUUAAAAUCUAACUUUUCAACCAGGAUUCUUUCAAAUUAACAAGCUGUUCACAAUCCCCAUCAGUAGUUUAUAAAAGGUACUGUAUUUAAUUCACCAAAUUGUCUUUAUUAGGCUCCGUAUCCAAACCAUUCAUAUACACUGAUAAUGUUAAAUUUAAGCUCUUUGUGACCUGAGGCACAGAUCUGUCUUGCUCCAGCUCGUAGCCAUUUUUCUCCCAACAUUGCCAGCUGUGGUAGGAAGUUUCAGUUCCUUCUAGACUGCAUCCUAAACCUUCUACCUUAAGAUUUGCAAAGUGUUACAAAGUUUCUUCCUCCCUGUACCCAUUCAGAUCUAUAAAUGUUUGUGAUGUAUGAGGCUUGCCAGAUUCACCUUCGAAGGAAUUUUACUUCUCUUGCUAAAUACAGUUAAAUUGAACUGGUUUUCAGUCACCUGCUGUGAAGACCUCUGGACCCUGUAGCCUUUCCCAAGAAAUUGUGGUAUGCAUCUUAAUAUGGACUUAAAUACCUAUAUUUCUGAAUAAACUGUUUAAAA